AUGUUGAACACUCGCCAAAGGAGCACCGUAGAGCGCCUUGACAGGCCAAGUGCAUACUUUUUCAACAAGAAUAGGCGCAACAGACGUCACGACCGGGACCACCGCGAUGGAGAAAAUGAAGACAGUAACAUGCAUCCCGAAGCGUUCGAUGACCCGUUGAAGGAUGCGACCACUCUCUACGUCGGCAAUCUGCAAGUUUACGAACUCUUUAGCAAAUGCGGCGAGAUCAAGCGCUUGGUCAUGGGCCUCGAUCGCUUACAAAAGACACCGUGCGGUUUCUGCUUCGUCGAAUACUACACCCAUCAGGACGCUCUCGAUUGCAUGAAGUACAUUGGCGGCACCAAGUUGGACGAGCGCAUCAUCCGAACCGAUCUCGACCCAGGCUUCGAGGAAGGGCGACAGUACGGCCGUGGAAAGUCGGGCGGCCAAGUUCGUGAUGAGUACCGUGAGGACUACGACGAGGGCCGCGGUGGUCUUGGCCGGCAAAUCCAGGCCGAGAGAAUGAGGGAGCAUGACCACAAGCGCUACGACGAUAACGACGAACAAUACGGCCGCUUGCGCUAGAGUUAUCAUUGCAUGGGAGUUACGUGGGACAAUGAGGGAGUGCAUCAUGAUUCAGUGCACAGAUAUUCAACUAGUCGUCAUGACAAAUCGACACAAAAUAUGCAAGCCGGCUCUGAAAUUACGGAUUUUGUUCAUUCAGGGCAAGUGGAGGCGGAACAGAGAAGCGUGAAAGACAAAUACCCCCUUGGAAGACAUGAUAUUCGUUGUUGUAUUGGUAUCUUGCUAUGGUAUUUCGGGAAAUUAUUGAUUUCCCAUCCAUUCGGUAUGGCUCCACACAUUCUUCUGUGAUGCUCGCCUGGCCGUGUUUGCGCUGCUCUCUGCAGUGGUAUCUCAACAUGGAGCGAGCUCGAGUGUCCAUGAUGGACAGGACCUCAAGUCAGUCAGUCUCCUUGCGAGACGAGACAGGAGGCCUCCUCUUCUUUGCCCCAAGCAAACGGUCCUGUUACCGGUAUCUCCCAUGUCACCCAUGCCAUUUCGCUGCGUAAUGUUACAAGUGAUAUACAUGCUUGCACGAUAUCGUCCAUCGUCCGGGUCGAAGGUCUUAGUAACCGGGAGGGUUGACUCUCUGGGACACACGGGUCCACUUGGGAAGCU